AUGCCUCUUCUUGACAUACUGGACGUCAUAUCGUCGUGGGCCACGACUUCCGCUAAGCCGUGGUCUUUUCUCUCACCACGGUCACAUUACUUCGUGAGACGCUCAUCACCAGUUCCAGAACAGGCUGAUGUCUGUAUUCAAGACAUUCUAAAGGCGAGAGCCACAUCGGGACGAGGAAGCGUCUUCUUUUACCCGCGGGGCAACACGUCCACCCUUGCAAAGCUUUCAUACCAAGAGUUGCAUGCUCGUGCUUGUGACUACAGCAGGGUCGUUCGACGGCUUCCGGCUUUCAAAGAAGGCCACCCGGUGCUUUUGCACCUCGAUGAACAUCGGGAUACCAUCCUAUGGUUUUGGGCUAUUUUGCUCGCGAACGGCGUCCCGGUGUUAUCGUCCCCUUUCAGUAACGUCGAUGAGCACCGACACCGGCACAUCCAGGGGCUAUCAAAUCUCCUCGAAUCACCCAUCUGCAUCACCGCAAGCGGACUACUGCACCUAUUUGACGGGCCACACAGCCUUGACCUCCACACGAUCGAAUCCCUCGACAACCUCGCGACAUCCUCUCCCACCUCCCCCAGCGAACCACCACCCACAACAAAAUGGCCCGGCGGCCCAACCCUCGCCAUCCUAAUGCUAACCUCCGGCAGCACGGGCAACGCCAAAGCCGUGCGGAUCAGCCACCGACAAAUCCUCGCCGCCAUCGCCGGCAAAGCCUCCGUGCGCCCCCUGCCCCCCGACAAACCCUUUCUCAACUGGAUCGGCCUCGACCACGUGGCCAGCCUCGUCGAGAUGCACAUCCAGGCGCUGUGGCUCGGCGUCGACCAGAUCCACGUGCACGCGGCCGACGUCAUCGCCGCCCCGCACACCUUCCUCGACCUGCUCAGCCGCCAUGGCGUGGCCCGGACGUUUGCGCCGAAUUUCUUUCUCGCGCGGUUGGUGGCGACGGCUCCCCCCGCUGAGGGGGAUCAGGGGAGGAAUAAGAAGCGCUGGGAUUUGUCUGGUCUUACGGUGGUGGCGUCUGGGGGGGAGGCCAAUGAUGUGAAGACGGCGGCCGCGGCCUCGGCGUUGUUUGAGAGGUACGGCGCCCGGCGGAAUGUCAUCACACCCGGGUUUGGCAUGACGGAGACGUGUGCCGGUGCCAUCUACAACACUGCCUGUCCGGACUAUGAUAUCCAACGCGGGGGUCGGGCGGUGGCGUCGGUGGGGAAGUGCAUGAAGGGGAUCGAGAUGCGCGUGGUGGUGGGCUCGAGACGGGCGGUUGCGGACGAGCCGGGGGACUUGGAGGUGCGCGGGGAGGUGGUGUUUGAUGGGUACUAUCGCAACGAGAAGGCCACAGUGGACGCGUUCCCUUCUCCGGGCGGGUGGUUCCGGACUGGGGACCAGGCUUGCCUUGAUGGGCGCGGCAACCUCUGUCUCAUCGGGCGGGCUAGCGAAGUGAUCAACAUCAAUGGCAUCAAAGUUGUGGCAGCGGAUCUCGACUCCCUGCUGGAACAGACGCUCGGCAGCCGGGUGGCGCGCUUUGUGGUCUUUCCGACAAGGGCGGUACAUACGGAGCAGAUUACCAUUUGUUAUGUCCCUCCCUCCUGGCCGCACACCGUCGAGGAUAUGGUUGCGGUUGACGACCUGGCGGCCAGAGUGUGCAUCACCAGUGCAUCCGCCCGGCCGCUGGUGUUUUCUCUGAGGAAGGAGUCGUUACCGCUGCUGCCGACAUCAACCUUGGGCAAGAUAUCCCGGGCGAAGAUGCAAUCCUUGUUCGAAGCGGGUGUCUUCAGCGAGGACGUCGCCUUGUAUGGGCAAGCACUCGCUGCCCACAUCCUAGAGAACCAGCGAGACCUUUCCAUGGAGAGCGUCACCGAAGCUGAGGCCGGUCUCAUAGCUGACUUUGCACAAACACUCAACAUCGACAGGCAUCGGAUUGGGCCCGAAACUCGCGUCUUCGAGCUGGGAUUCACAUCGAUGGACCUCAUCCGGCUGAAGCACCGCAUCGACACUCGUCUGGGGAUCACAAUGCCCGUCAUCACGCUCAUGAAGAACCCCACGGCACGGUCACUAGCAACUGCUCUGGGCCUAGGCGGGAACUCAGCCACCGCGACGACGGAGUACGACCCAGUAGUCACCUUCAAACCCAGCGGCAGCAAAACUCCCCUCUGGCUCAUCCACCCCGGCGUCGGCGAAGUGCUCGUCUUCGUCGGCCUAGCCGAGCACCUCGCCGACGACGACCGGCCAAUCUACGCACUCCGAGCUCGGGGCUUCGAAGCCGGCCAAACACGCUUCGGCUCCAUCGCCGAAGCCGUCGACACCUACGUAGAAGCGAUCCGCCGCCGGCAGCCCCGCGGGCCCUACGCCCUGGCCGGGUACAGCUACGGCACGAUGCUGGCCUUCGAGGUAGCCAAGCGGCUGGACACGCUGGAGGGCGGCGUCGGCUCGGCGGUGGGCUUCCUCGGCAGCUUCAACCUACCGCCGCACAUCAAGGCACGCAUGCGGCAGCUGAGCUGGAACAUGUGCCUGCUGCACCUGACGCAGUUCCUGGGGUUGACGACGGAGGCGUUUGUGGAGGGGAUCCACGACGAGGGGGAGGCGGGGACCUACCGCGGCGCAGCGCGCGGCGCGGCGCUGGAGACGGUGCUCGGCGCCGCGGACGGCAGUCGGCUCGCGGAGCUGGGGUUGGAGCGCGCGGCGCUAGCGCGCUGGGCUGAUGUGGCCUUUGGCCUGCAGAGCAUGGCCGCGGAUUAUGACCCGGACGGGCAGGUGGCGGGUAUUGAUGUGUUCCACGCCGUGCCGCUGAAGGUGGCGGCCGCGUCGCGCGAGGAGUGGGUGGGCGAGCACCUCAGCAAGUGGCGCGACUUUGCCCGCUCGGAGCCGAGGCUUCACGCCGUUGGGGGUGCGCACUACACCAUGAUUGGGCCGGCGCACGUCGUCGGCUUUGCGGCGAAGCUGAAGGGCGCUUUGGCUGCGAGGGGGGUUUGA